AUGUCUCCGGCUAAUAAGCACGUUGUAUUUGACAUCGUCGGCACAUGCGUGUCGUAUGAUGCCAUGUUCAACGCCCUUGACCGACGAUUGGGUGAUAAGCUACGCGAGCAAGGUAUCAAGCCUCGUCUCCUUGGAUACCUCUGGAUAGAGGUCACUGAGCGCGAGUACACCUAUCUCAGCAUGAAUGGCCGCUAUAUAACAUUCCGAGAUGUCUUUAGCAGCAUCUUUUACCGAAUGCUAUACAUGGCGGGUGUGCAAGAGCCGCACGAGUUCGCCAACGACGACGACUUGAAGUAUAUCCUCCAGGAGUACAUGAAGUUGGAAGCACGCCCCGGAAUUGCAGAGUGUUUUCAGAUACUGAGGGACAACGGCUUCACUAUCUGGGCCUUGACGGCCGGUGAUGUGGAGCGCGUGGGCGGCUACUUCACGCACAACGGCAUCCACAUGCCCAAGGAGAAUUUCGUGUCCUGUGACGGAUUCAAGAUUGGGAAGCCCGAUCCUCGGGUGUAUAAACUGAUGCUGGACCGCCUUGGUGAUGAUGAGAAGUGGUUUGCGGCCGCUCACAAUUGGGAUGUGACUGCUGCUCAGUUGGCAGGAUUCAAGGCUGCGUACUGCACCGUUUGGGAGAAGGAGCUUUGCGAGGGCGUCUUUGGCAAGAUGGAUAUCACGGCUGACACAUUUCCCGACAUGGCGCGCCAGAUUGUGGCAGCAUCUGCGGCCAGUUCAUCAUAG